GUAUAGGUUACAAUCCGGAAGUAAACAUUGUCCCGUCAAGCUCACCGUAGCGAGGAAUGGCUCGUUAAAGUUGAAUUCGUACUACUCGACGACAAAAAAAGCAGGUAUGGAUCAAGAGGGCAGUAAGGUAGCGGGAUCUCUUCCAGAUACAUCUUGUGACCCACUGAUCCCAGUCCUGCGCAUCAGCCAGCUGGAUGCUCUCGAGCUUGACUCGGCCCUGGAGCAACUCCUAUGGACACAGUUUUCCAAGUGCUUCCAAAACUUCCGCCCGGGCCUUCUGACACCUCUGGAGCCCGAACUGAAGGCUUUGCUGCAGCUGAUUCUGUGGAGGUUCACUUUGUAUCCUAACAGCACCACAGUGGGCCAGUCUAUACUGAGCCUACGCUACCAUAACACCUUGUCCACAUCUGCCCGCUACAAGCCUCUUACCCAGAGGCAGAAAUUGGCUCUGGUUUUGCUAACAGCUGGUCCCCGCUGGCUUCAAGAGCGCACGCACAGCCUUCGACUGUGUCUUGGUUUGACUUCAGGAGUGUCUGAAGGUGAUGGCGCAUUUUCACAAAAAGCCCUCAGCAUUUCUCUGACUCUAAUGUCAGGCGUAGCCCGUCUUGCAAGCCUUGUCAACUUCCUUGUGUUCCUCAGCAAAGGUCAACACCCAGUCUUGGCUGAAAGGAUCAUUGGAGCUCGGGCCGUUUUUAGCAAGUCCAACGUGACGCGGGACAUUACAUACCAAUACAUGAAUCGCGAGCUGCUGUGGCACGGCUUUGCAGAGUUCCUCAUUUUCCUACUACCGCUCAUCAACGUAAGAAAACUAAAAUCAAAAAUGUAUUCCUUUCUACUCGGGGCAAGCGGAAGUGACAUAGAGAGUGCACGGGGUAAGGAUGAGGUGUGGAAAGAAUGUGCGUUGUGUGGAGAGUGGCCGACCUUGCCUCACCAGGGAGGCUGUCAACAUGUUUUCUGCUACUACUGUAUCAAAAGUCAUAUUAUUACAAACAGUUGCCCCACCUGUCCUAAAUGUGGUGCAGAAGCAAGGCAGAUAGAGCCAGUAAAGAUGGAGGUAGAGAUGUUUGUCAGGCAGUAGAUUAAAGGAAACUACUUUCGUGUCACGUGUUCAUACUUGUACAAAUUAAGGGGGCAACGUUGUGACAGCCUCACAGUUCAGUAGGUUCCCUGGUGUUAGCUCAUGGUUGUAUAUGUACAUUGGUAAAGAAGGGAACAAAAUGGCAUACAAAAAACUGCUUACCUUUUCACAUAUGAUGAUUUUUCAAAUAAGUCAUAAAAAUCUACAAACUGUUUGCAGUUAACUCUUUAAUAAUUACACUUAUUAAAUAGAAGAUACACGUACAGUAAGUAUAGGGAUGAGCAUCUUUGGGCACCUCAAAAUUUGAUUACGAUUCAGGAGUAAUAUUAAAUUACAAAUCGAUUAUUGAUGCACCUUAAAUGUAUAAAAGGCUCCUUCUUUGGCUUUUGACAUAUGCGAUAAUGUAUUGUGUCAUUUCAGAUUUUGGUUUGCAAUUGUUCACAGCGUGGAUGUAGAAGACUAGAUAUGGGGGAACUGAAGCAGCCUGCUAAGAGAGGUGCCUACACUACAUAUUGAGCAACAAUAAUUUUGUUUUGAUAGUUGUGGCUUUUUUUUUUUUUUGGUCCUGUUCAGCUCCUCAGGCAAAUCAUAUAGUUGAUGUAGAUGCCCAUAUCGGCUGUUCAGAUUUUCUUUACAAAAGAGAAGUGUAGGGUACUUCUCUUGUUGCCUUAUUUGAAUUUGACUUUAUUAAAUGUAUUUAUAUUAUCAUUUGGUGCAGCCGGGCCGGAGCAGGAGGGGAUAGAAAGAGAAAAAAAGGAAGACAGAGGGGGAAAUUGUGGGGAUAAGAGGGGGAUCAGACAGAGAGUCAAAAACAACAACAGCAAACACAACAAUAACAACAACAACAAUAGAACAACACCAGCACAUAAGAUAUGUACAAAUAUGAUCGUAAAAGUGAUAGCAAAUAAGCAUUUAGUGAAAUAAAUAAUAAUAUAGAAAUGAUAAUGAGCAUUUUUACACUAAAACUGGAGCAAUACAAAUACCAAUAGAAAAAGCGCUAUUGAUCACGAACAAUACCAAUAGUUUACCUCUAUUAUCAACAAUACAGUUGUUCAAAUGCAACAAUACUUAUACAUAAUGAUAGCUAGAAAGAUAAUUAAAGAAAAUAAAUGAAAUAAUUAAAAAAAAAAGGAAUACCGAAAGAUGGAGGGUAAGAGAGAGAGGCAACCUAUAUUAAUCUUGUAGAUUGUUAUAGUAAUAAUGGGUUAAGAUAGUUGUGGCUUUUAAACCCACGGAAUGCCCAGACACUUUGCCCCCGACCCCCAUAAGCACACAGCUCAAAGAUGUGUGAUCUAUUAAUUCAUAUCGAGCUCACAGUGUUGUCGCACAUUGUGGAUAUUAUUAUCUUUCCUGAUUAAAUAAUGUACUUGCUAAUUUCCUGAGCUAGUUCCAGUUAGACUUCUGCUGAAGUGUAGGAAUUUAUUUUAAUGUUUUGCUACUUCACAUUCAGACUAGCAUAGCGGUUAGUGUGGUUUCUCCUGUUCUGUAUUUCUGUCCUUUACUUUGUGUAUGCGCCCGCACAUACACACAAAGUGCAAAAUGAACUGCAAAACCUGAAAACCGCAGUUGAUAAGGGUAAAUUGUCCAGUAUUGUUGCACCCCUAGUAUGAAUGCACUACACAGUUCAAAAAUUAUCUUUGAUUAACAACUAUGGUUAAUGAUGAUGUCCUUUCUGAACACACAACGACCGGCUAUGUUUAAUGUAUGUGCACAUAUAUUGACAGUCCUCUGCCCCUUCUGUAUCACUGGCUGGACUUCGCACUGAACUAUUUGUCUUUGGCGCAAUGCACAGACCACCGAGAACCCCACAGAGCAUAUAUUUGAUGAAAGAAUGUGUUGAUUUAUGCUGCCAAAUUCUCUCGCAGUGCGUGUUUGUUGAAAUGGGAAUAUUUGUUCUGAUGAAAAAUGCAGAAAGUCGGCUGAAUAAAUAAUGGGAGGAAUUUCUGAUGCCUCUCAUCACGACCAAA